AUAUUAUUUAAAUAUGUACUCUUAAGGCACUUAAUAUCCAAACUCUAAGUACAAAACCUAACUUUGUAGACAUUUUACACAGAAUGGAGUUUGCGCUUUAGCAAUAAGAUGUUAAUUUGCUCAUGGACCAUAAGAACUUCGAUAAAAUGCUUAGCAACCCCAAAGUUUCCCAGAGUAGACUAUCUAACCAAAUGCUUAUAAUAAAGUGUAGGGAAUCAAUCCUAUGAUUGUAAAUUACAAAACAUAAUUGUGUAAGCACUUUAAUCCUUAAACUGGGCAAUGUAAAAAUGGUCCUACUUGCACAUUUGCACACGGUGAAAACGAGUUAAAUACGAUGCCCUAUUUGCAAAAUUAAUAUUUAAUGAUGCAAUAGCAGAUGAAAUAGAUCAAUCAAUAAUAAAUGUAGGCAGAAUUAACAUAGCAAAUAUUAGUGAUGAUCUUAACAAAUAUGGAACAUAUUUUUCCAGGCUAGCAAUAAAUUCUUGCAUUGUUGAAGCAAGGCUAAGAGAAAGCAAAAUCAGGAGAUACAUAAGGAGCAAGUGAAAUUAUUAAACUGAUUAUACACGAUUAGGAGAGAUCAAAAGAAGAGAAAUAAUAAUAUCAAUAAAUUUAUAAUAAUGCUUAAAGGCAUUAUGAUUAAAAAUUGAAAGAUAUUCAAUCUUCAUAAUAGUAGUAGUAAUAGCUUUAUUGAAAUAUAUUAUUAUAUAUACAGAUAUUAUAAAUGAAAAUAGAUAUUAUAA